UGCGCGCGCGCAUGUGAGCCAACUAGUUGUUGGCUAGCGCCUUAGCAGCUACAGUUAGCCUUUUUUUUUCUCGGAAACAUUUCAACACACUUCCUGUUCUCGUAAAAAAAACCUGCUUGACGUUCACCAUGAAUGGGGCUCCAGAGCGAGGCUUGUCCGUCCCUCUAAAAUGUCAAAGAAAACCAGGGACCCUCGCGAAAUGAUAAAUUAGCCCUUCGUCAGUGGAAAAAAAGUCUGUCUAUAUUUUACUUCUUAUUUUUCUGACAUUGCUCGCUCGCAUCCUGCGAAGGAAAUCUGAGAUUUUUGCGAAGAGUGGAUGCGGAAGAAGGAUAUGAGGCAAGCUGGACGGCUAAAGCUAAGUGUACGCUGUGCUGGGAUUCAAAUAUGAGUGUUUUCCCUCAUUCUCGCUGGGUUGCCAAUAUACUACAAAGUCACUCACUUGAAUUCCCUUCAAGGAUUAGGCUCGGGUCGCGUGGCAUCAUCUGUGCGAGGACAGGGCACGCAACGGUGUCAGGAUGUGCAAAGACUCCUGACCUUAACUGAAUUGAUCAGGCAUCCAGGAUUCAGAAGUGUUGUUCCCCAUGAGAAACUCUCGCUUGGUUGGCCAUCUCCAAUGGACGUGCCAUCAUAGACACAGGACACUGUGGCUCCAACCCCACAGUUUUCUCAGCGACCGUGUUGGAGCGGCUCUUUCAUCUGUGGGUUCCCCCUGAAGGUGGAGAGAUGGGCUCGCAAGCGCUUCAGAUAUUACGACAAGGCGUGUGGGCCUCGCUCACCGGAGGGUGGUAUGUGGACCCCCAUCAGAGCACCUUCUCCAACUGCGUCCAUCUCUACUUGUGGAUAUUUCUGCUCGCAUUCCCCUUUCUGCUGUACAUGGCUUUCCCCGCCAGCUUGGUGAUUGCAGGCUUGUACUCCGCUGCGGUGGCCAUCUUUUUCACCACCAUCAAAGUGGUUAACUACCGGCUGCACGCCAUGUUUGACCUCGGGGAGAUUAUCGAGAAGAAACAGGCCUCGCUCACGCCUGACGUUCCAAGGACAGAAGAUGGGGACGAAGGUUCAGGGGGCCAUGAUGGGAGUCAGCCCAGGGAUGCUGGUGUGGAGAUGACUGUGUUUCGGAAGGUCAACUCGACGCCUCCGGUGCGAUGCAGCUCCCAGCACUCGCUGUUUGGACUCAACCAAGUGUCGGAGUUCUUGCCCCAACUUGAGGAUUCAGGGGGAACAAAAGAUAUCAAGGAGUUAAUGCGAGAACAGGGAAGCAAUAAUGUGAUUGUGACUUCUGCUCAUCGUGAAAUGCUGCGUCAAGGCUCUCAGGACACCAUCAGGGGUCCGAGCAUGGUCCAGUCCUGCAUUGCUGCUGCUCUGGGAGGUAAUUUCCCAGGUCUCAUUGGACUCUCCGGGGUGGCGUCUGGAUUUGGAGAACCGGGAGAAUAUCUGUCCGUACCCCCUUCACCUUCCAGUCAAGAAGAUGGAGGAGAGAAAGAGCCAUUGCAGCAAGUAGAGGUGGCUCAAAAGAUCCCGGAGGACAAUGGGUUAGCUUAUUCUCCGCUCGGGCCGUCUGCUGAGUCUGGGAGUCUUGGAGAGACCCCGCUGAGUCCCCUUAUAAAGAGUAGCUUGAGUGAAGAGCUGAGCGAAAAUCUCUUAGGGUUGGGCCUGGACCCGGUGGUGUUUGUACCUGGGACCGAGUACCCCGGUUGUCGUAGCGGGGUGGCAUUAGCUGCCGGAUCUACGGACAGCUGUUUCAGCGGCGGCGGUGGCGCCACCGAUCGCGAGACGCUGAGCACCGUUAGCAGCUACCGCAGCGAAAAGACGGACUCCACUCAGCUUGAAAGUCCAUCUUUCAGCCAACCCAAGCUCGCAGAUGGACCGGCGUCUACUACGAUGCCAACGACGGGCGCCAAGGUCACCGCAACCGCAGGCGUCCCAGCAGGACAGGAUGGCAGCGAUACGGAUAACCUGUCGGACAGCGUGUUAUUGCGUUCCCCCUGCAAAGAUAUCUCCCCCAGUCAGGCGCUGGACCGGACACUCGUCGAAGGAGACGAUUUACCGUCUGAUAUGAUCGCACAAGCCCCCGCGUUCCACAACUCUUCCCCCUCAAGUAGCGGCCACUCUGACAUUUGCGAUUUGGACAGAGCCGCCCCAGUCCCCCCCCUCCCUCCGCCUCGGCAGGCCACUUCAGUGCCCUCAGGGCUGGCCCUGGGUUCAGUGUGCUCCGAGCCCUCUCUGCCCAUAUCGUCAACCCCGUUCCUGCUGUCCGAUCAAGCCGCCCAGCAGGUCGUGCGACCCAAAGACUUGAAGCUGCUGCGGGCCAGCGGCAGUAGUGUGGGCCACAAGCCGGGCCGGCGGAAAGCUCCGCGAAGGCGAGCCGGGGCGGGAAGUAACAGUUUUGACUGCGGCUCGUACAGGCGUCAUCACAAUCAUAGGCAACACAGAGAUUACAUCCCGGUGCGCAACAAGCUCGGUGCCAAGGCCUACAGCGAAAGUCUCUUUGAGGAUUCCAGCGAUGAGGACGACGGCAGCGACAUGAGCGCGGCAUCCAGUCUGGGUUCUCAGCGGCGCUACAGCUCAGAUGAAGACUCCAGUUCCUCUACCUCCUGCUACUCCCCAGAACUCACUGGCGCCGCGUUACAGCUCCCCCCGGCUGCUCAGCCUCCUACUCCGCGGGAAGGGGAUUUGGCCGAACCGGCCGGCCCCUCGCAUUCACGUGCCGCUCAGCGCUCUUCGAGCACAGCCAGCGCUAAGACGCACGCCAGGGUUCUGAGUAUGGAUGGGGCGGGUUCAAGUCAGAACAGCACAGCGGCUCCGCCUGCUGCUCUGCAGACCAUGCCCUCAACUUCCACCCCUGCACCUCGCACCCUCACCGUCUCCAAGUCGGACUUGGAAGCUCGAACCAUCCACAUCGAUUGCUUUCCGGUGUCUCAUCCUCAUCGGCUGGAUUCUCUCGGAGGAUCUUGGACCGGCAACCAGAUGGGCUGGCGAGCAGGAGAGUUGACCGAAGAGGGGGCGGUAGGGGGAGCUCUGUCUCCAGAUAAUGGCAAGAACGACUCAGUGAGCAGUGUGAAGAGGACCCAAGCCAUCCGCAGGAGACACAAUGCAGGAACCAACCCGACACCUCCACCCUCCACCAUGGGAUCACCUCCUAGUCUCCAGGACCUCCAAAGGGCUCGGACCUCCUCCCACUCGCGGACCCGCACCCUCCCGUCCGCCUUACAGUUUGCUUCGUCAUUUCUGCACUCUCGCAGCGGCAUCCACGAGGCCUCCACCUUCGACGACACAUCAGAGGGAGCCGUGCACUACUUUUUUGACGAGAGCGGAGUGAAAAGGUCCUACACAUUUGGACCUGCUGGAGGAGGUUAUGAAGAUCCAGUUCAAGAAAGGGAGAGGCAGUCCCAGUCCUCAAGCUUCACCUCCACUGAGGUCCAAGAAGGAGCACCAGUCCUUUCCAUGCUGCAGCCCAGACCAGUGGUCCUACAGGGCAUGCAGGUGCGCAGGGUUCCAUUGGAAAUGCCUGAGUUCGACCUGGAUCACGAGUCUCUGCAGGAGUCCCAAGAGAACACGCUGAUGAUCGAGGAGAAGGCUAAACCCAAACAGUAUUAUCGCUUUUGGGUUCUGCCUGGGAAGUGGCUCAGGGUCCGUUAUGAUCGCUUAGCGCUUCUGGCCUUGUUGGACAGGAACCGCCGUGUGGGAGAAAACGUGUUUGCUGUGGUGCUGGCCAGUCUGGUGGCCUUCCUGGGCUUCCAACUGUUGCUCCAGGGCUUUUUCAGGGACAUCUGGGUCUUCCAGUUCUGCCUGGUCAUUGCAAGUUGCCAAUACUCCUUAUUGAAGAGUGUGCAACCAGACGCAGCCUCUCCCAUGCAUGGUCAUAACUGGAUCAUCGUGUACAGUCGGCCUGUUUACUUCUGCUUGUGCUGCGUGAUGAUCUGGAUCUUUGAUUUAUCCGGCCGUUCUGGCAGCCUGCAACCAUUCUCCCUCUAUGGCGUCACGUUCUUUUCCGCACAUUUCCUGCUUUGUGUCCGAGAUAUGCUCCUGGUCUUGGCCCUGUGUUUUCCGGUCAUCUUCCUGUUUGGCUUGCUACCUCAGGUCAAUACUUUUAUCAUGUGUCUGUUGGAGCAGAUCGACAUGCACAUUUUUGGUGGAACAGCCACCACCAGCCCACUCUCGUCUCUGUUCAGCCUCAUACGCAGCGUGCUGGUGGCCGCUCUGCUGUAUGGAUUUUGUCUGGGUGCCAUAAAUGCACCGUGGGGGGACGCCCAUGUGCCAGUACUCUUCUCUGUAUUUUGCGGCCUGCUGCUCGCCUUGUCCUACCACCUGAGUCGCCAAAGUAGCGAUCCCACCAUCCUCUGGUCAUUGGUCCGAUCCAAAUUACUCCCCGAGCUGGAGAAUCGCACACCAGAAGAUCCCCUUGUGGAGAUCAAGGAUCCUCUUCCAGAGAAGCUCCGCAACUCUGUGAAAGAAAUUCUCCAUUCAGACCUUGUCAUGUGUCCCCUCAUGGCUGUGAUCACUUUUGCCAUCAGUGCCAGCACGGUUUUCAUUGCACUACAGCCUGCGCUCAGCUUUGUCUUAUAUAUCCUGGCGGGAGUUGUCGGCUUUAUUACUCACUAUCUCUUGCCUCAGCUGCGCAAACAGCUUCCAUGGUUCUGCCUGGCUCACCCUGUGCUCCGAUCCAAAGAGUACAGUCAGUUCGAAGUCCGAGAUGCUGCACAGCUCAUGUGGUUCGAGAAGCUUUAUGCGUGGCUUCAGUGUGUGGAGAAGUACUUCAUCUACCCAGCGGUGGUGCUCAAUUCCCUCACGACAGAAGCUCGUGCUGUUGGCCAGAACCAUAAAGAGCUGGACAUCUAUAGCCGAGCGCUCUUCAUCUCAGUGGCCGGCAUGAAGCUGCUGCGUUCAUCCUUCUGCGCCCCGUCGCAGCAGUACGUCACGCUGUGCUUCACCACGCUCUUCUUCCACUUUGACUACCCGCACUUCUCGGAGACCUUCUUGAUUGACUACUAUUUCAUGUCCAUUCUUUUCAGCAAGAUGUGGGACCUGUUAUAUAAGUUACGCUUCGUGUUGACUUACAUCGCGCCCUGGCAGAUCACGUGGGGCUCGGCUUUCCACGCCUUUGCCCAGCCCUUCGCGGUACCACACUCUGCUGUGCUCUUUGUGCAAGCCAUCUUUUCAGCCAUCUUUUCAACCCCUCUCAAUCCAGUCCUGGGCAGCGCUGUGUUUGUCACCUCAUACACCAGGCCUGUUAAAUUCUGGGAGCGGGAUUACAACACCAAGCGAGUUGACCACUCCAACACCAGACUUGCCACUCAGCUGGACCGUAAUCCAGGUGCCGACGACAACAACCUGAACUCCAUUUUCUACGAGCACCUAACACGUUCGCUGCAGCACAGCCUGUGUGGAGAUCUGCUGCUCGGACGCUGGGGCAACUACAACACGGGCGACUGCUUCAUUCUCGCCUCAGACUACCUCAACGCAUUGGUGCAUAUUAUCGAGAUCGGCAAUGGCCUGGUCACCUUCCAGCUGAGGGGUCUCGAGUUUAGAGGCACCUACUGUCAGCAGAGAGAAGUCGAAGCCAUCACAGAAGGCGUGGAGGAGGACGAGGGCUGCUGCUGCUGCGAGCCGGGUCACCUGCCUCACAUGCUGUCGUUCAACGCCGCCUUCGGACAGCGCUGGCUCGCCUGGGAAGUGGCGGCCACCAAGUACGUGCUGGAGGGUUACAGCAUCAGUGACAAAGCCGCCUCCAUGCUGCAAGUGUUUGACCUUCGCAAGAUUCUCAUCACGUACUAUGUCAAGAGCAUCAUUUACUACGUGAGCCGAUCGCCUAAAUUGGAGGAGUGGUUGGCUAACGAGGCGAUUCAGGAGGCACUGCGGCCGUGUCUCGGACCCAACUACGUCGACAGCGACCCCACCUUCAACCUGAACAUCGACGAGGACUAUGACCACAGGGCCUCCGGGAUCACACCCUCCUCCUUCUGCAUGAUUUAUGUGGACUGGAUUCAAUAUUGCAACAGCAGGCGGCAAACGCCUGUGACUAGUGAUAGAGAUUCUCCUCUGGUCAGUCUAUGCUUUGGAUUGUGUAUCCUUGGAAGAAGAGCCUUGGGCACUGCCUCCCACAGCAUGUCUGCAAGCUUGGAACCAUUCCUCUACGGCCUCCACGCGCUCUUCAAGGGAGACUUUCGCAUCACGUCUCCGCGGGACGAGUGGGUCUUUGCAGAUAUGGACCUGUUGAAUCGAGUUGUGGCGCCCGGAGUGCGGAUGUCCCUCAAGUUGCAUCAGGACCACUUCACAUCCCCGGAUGAGUAUGAAGACCCCACGGUGCUAUAUGACGCCAUCACCACCAACGAGGAGAAAAUGUUGAUAUCACACGAGGGCGACCCCGUUUGGCGCAGCGCCAUCCUCGCCAACAUGCCAUCACUUUUGGCGCUGCGUCAUAUCAUGGACGACGGCAGCGAUGAGUACAAAAUCAUCAUGUUGAACAAGAGGUUCCUCAGCUUCCGGGUCAUCAAGGUAAACAGAGAGUGUGUGCGUGGGCUGUGGGCGGGGCAACAGCAGGAGCUGGUCUUCCUGCGCAACCGCAACCCAGAGCGCGGCAGCAUUCAGAACGCCAAACAGGCCCUGAGGAAUAUGAUCAACUCGUCGUGCGACCAACCCAUCGGCUACCCCAUCUACGUGUCCCCCCUCACCACGUCGUACGCCGGUGGACAUGGUCAGCUGCGCUCCGUGUGGGGGGGGCCUGUCAGCCCCCACAACAUCUACAACUGGCUCAUCAAUAGCUGGGACAGGAUGCAGAAAGGAUGCGGCGCCGGUUGCAACAGCGGCGGAAACAUCGAGGACUCGGACUGCGGCGGCGGUUCCACCUCCAUCACGACCAACGUCGCCAUCCACACCACGCAGAGCACACCAGCCUCUGGCCUUCCCCAGCCUCACAUCACCACCAUGCAGCCCUCAUUGGGUACGGACAAUCCUGUCGGCCCAACACAAAACUGGCCUCACCACCCCCAACCACUCCCACUGGCUCUACUCAGCCAAUCAGAGGGCAGGAUAGAAGCAGGCCUGCUCUCAUCCCUCCAACGCACAUCCUCCAUCCAGGGCCUGCUGGGUCAGCAACUGUCCAACUCGCAACUCUCCUUCAGCGGCUCCGUGGCGCCGCCGUCUCUGCCGAUGCCCGAGUGCAUCUGCCCUGCCAGCUUCCUGGACAACUCAAGCCACAGGACGGGCCAGCGGGCUGGCCUCGCCCAGGGCAACAUGCUCCACUUUGAGAGCCAUUUUGGGAAGUGGAGUUUUUCCAGCAGAAAGGGCUUUAACGGUCCGGCGGCAGCGGAGGGUGAUGGAGCAAGCAUCCACACCAUACGCACGCAGCCGCUGCCCCCGGGCCCCCCACAGGAGGCCAGUCCCACACAAGAUCCGCUGGGAGCGACGCGGGCGGUGGAAUCCUGCCUGCUGCCAGCAGGAGACACCACCACGCCGCCUGACCAAUCCACAGAGUUGCCUUUACUUGAGCACCUGCGCUGAUUAUUGACACACCACCCUCCCCCCUUUUGGGUAACAGCACACUGGACGGCACCCCCCACGCUCCCAUCAAGACUCAUUAUAUCAAUGUUUAUUCCACAUGGAUUCACAAAACACGAUGCGGUCUUAAAGCAUGUUCCACGUCAACUCAUGACGCUACUCCCAAAGUCAUCUUAGUGAGGCUCAGAUGCGCUGCGCGUGUGUGUGUGUGUGUGUGUUUGUGUGUGUACGUGAGUGUAUGUGUGCUAAAAGGCCAGAAAGGCCAGUGCAAUUCCAAGGAUCUUUUUUCUUUCCUUUUGGUCAACAAUUAUUUUUAUAAACUGGAACAUGGAAGAUCAGCUUUGACUGUGUGGAGACCACGAGAAGCCUUGUUCAGUUUUUCCUCCCAACUCAGAAGUUCUCGCCGGUGUUCAGUCCAGAGGCACAAAAUUGAAAUUUCAGCAGCCGACCGUUUUUAUGGUGCAUCUCCUCCCCCGGCCGGCGCACGGUGCUCAGGCCGCUUGUUUACAGCCUCUGAGUCCAGCCUGAGAAAUUGUGUUGAUCACAAACUUUUUUUUUUCUUUUUCUAUUUAGGGAUUUUUGUUCUUCUUCUUUACUUGAAGAUGGAGGCGUCGGUGUCGCGCCAGUCAUUUGGAGACACCCGCCAGCCCGCAUCGCAUCCAAUAAGGAGGAUGGGAGGGGGCAAAGGGGUCUGCUUCCUUGUCGCUCCUACUCGACUACUGCUUCUGCAUCCCCCCGCUACUACUACUAACUAGCUAACAGAGUCACCACUACUACUGCUUGAAUCCAGCGUUUUAGUUGGAACUAAAGGAUAAAAACUGAAAACAAAGGAUACAUAUUUAUUGGAGGUCUUACAUAUUUGGGAUUCAUUUGUAUCAUGUGCUGAUGUUAAAUUGGCAACUUGCGUUUUUGUUUUGUCAUCCCUUCUUCAAACCAGUGUUACAAUUUUGUCAUCUCAACAGGGGCUCCUGCGUGUGUGUGUGUGUCUAACUGGAAGUACACGAAGAAGUCACUCUAUGUUGGGUUUCUUCCCCAUCUUGCACUCUGCCUCACUCUGGAUUGACCUCAGUGAUCAGAUAAUGCAGUAGAAUACAAAAUAAGACCCUGCAGGAUGAUCAAACUGUGGCAAGCCGCCCAAAUUCAUAGUAGAUUGGUGGUGGCCAUCAUUCUCCCACUGAAAUCCCCAAGUAGCCGUCUUAACAUUUUUUUCUUUUUAUAAAACCGCAGCAGCCAGUUGAACUUUUCUUUCUUCCUUACUUUGCUCAGAGAAAGCAAAGCACAAAACGGUGGUCAGUUGAAAUAAAAUAAAAAGGGAUUUCGUAAUCUCUGCAACUAUGUACAGCAUGUUUCAUAUAUAAAUAUAUAUUUAAAAAUAUAAACCUAUUUUAUUAUGAUUGGAAAUUCUGGGGUUUUUUCUGUUUAAGACACUAAGUCCGUUUAGCGUCACAUUUGAAAUGUGCAAUUUGGGAAGAUUAGGUUCUGUUUUUCCUUUUUUAUUUGUACCCCAUCUCUCCAUCUCUUUUUUAGUUUUUCUCACAGGGGAAUCUUUAUUUAAGUCAAUGUUCAAUGUUCUGUACAGUUUUUUAAGUGAUUUUUUUCCCUUCUAUUUAAAUUAAAGAUUUUUGUGUCUUUGUUUGCA